UUUAACAUUGGAACAAAGUCCUCGUUUUUCCCAACCAAAGGCAGUCACUGCUUCACGCUUCUCUCUCUCUCCCUCUCUCUCGCUCUCUCAGGCUCUCAGCUGAUCUGUCCCCGUCGAUCCGGCCCAAGAAUCUGAUCUAAUCAACUCGACUCGACUUGACUAAACUCAAUGCCCGAUCGGUUGAUCGAGGAUCCAGUCAUGGCUAUGGAGCCACAUCCAACGAAGCUCGAAUACUACGACAACAUGUGGAAGCUUCAAUCCCAUUCCACCUUCCUCUCUUACUUCCAGGGCGAAGAUGGUCGACUUGUGAUGGUACUGGAUUCAACCAUCUUCCACCCUCAAGGCGGCGGUCAGCCCUUUGACACUGGCGUCAUCACCCUUUCGACCGAUCAUGAUUUCAAAUUUGCUGUCAAUGACGUCCGAUCGAAAGACGGAAUUGUUUUUCACUAUGGAUUUUUUGAGAAUACUCGAGAGGGAGUUGAAUCAACACUCAAGAAAGGGGUUCAGGUUGGGCUAUUUGUUGAUGCGUUGCGUCGCAAACUCAAUUCUAGGCUGCACUCAGCUGGGCAUUUGCUGGAUGUUUGUGUGAGGAAUGUGGGAUUAAGUCUAGAGCCAGGCAAAGGCUAUCAUUUCCCUGAUGGGCCAUAUGUUGAAUAUAAAGGUUCAGUUCCACAGAAUGACAUGCAAAAUAAGCAGGUGGAGUUGGAGCUGGAAGCUAAUAAACUGAUUGCUAAGGGAGGGAAAGUUUCUGCUGCUAUUGUGUCUUAUGAAGAAGCUUCUGAGCUGUGUGGUGGCUGUCUGCCAGAUUACAUCCCGAAGGGAAGUAGUCCUCGGAUAGUGAAAUUAGGGGACCAUCCCGGCUGCCCUUGUGGAGGAACACAUGUUUUUGAUAUCUCAGAGAUCAGGAGCAUGAAGGUUUCUCAAAUACGGACAAAGAAGGGUAUGACGAAAAUCUUUUACAAUGUCGAGCCCUAGAUUUGGCACUUGAACUGCCAUUCAGCAGUUACAUCUAGAUGGUCUGCUUAUUGGUUGAAGGCAAAGGAAUCUUAUGUGAUGCUGAGUAAGUACUAGUUACUAUAUUGGUGUAAUUCUUGGGGGUUGGCAUUUGUGAUAGCUGGACGGGGCCUAAUGAACGAACCACUCUUUUGCAAAGCUUGGUGUCCGUUCGAGUGUCACAAAUGCAAGUGCAGCCUCUUAUUUCCAUUCGUCUCCUAUGGCUUGUAAGGUUCAUGAACAAGUGAGCAAUGGUAUCUAAAACUGUUUCGAGUA